GAAAGGGAGGAGGAGGGCAGGGCCAGAGGAGGGACAGUCUGACGCAGCCACCAGCCCUGACUCAACCUGCCAGCCCCCUUACCUGCCAGCCUUGAGAUGGAACAGCCCAGCCUUCAAGGCCUGCCCCCACUCCUCAACUUCCCUUGAUAAUGAACCAGAAACUGAAACUAAAACAGGCAGGCUCUAGUUAGAGAUGAGUCACUUCCCAAAGUGACUGAAGUAGCCGAGAAGUGGAAACAGAGAGGCAAAGGAGAACCCAGGGCACUGAGACAGGGCUUUCUGAGGGUCACCAAGGAGCAUGGCAGGCAGCCCAGAGGUGGUUGCCAUGGACUGUGAGAUGGUGGGGCUCGGGCCUCAAAGGGUGAGCGGCCUCGCCCGCUGCAGCAUUGUGAACAUCCAUGGCGCAGUCCUGUAUGACAAGUACAUCCGGCCCGAGGGAGAGAUCACGGAUUACAGAACCCAAGUCAGCGGGAUCACGCCUCAGCACAUGGUGAGGGCCACGCCAUUUGGUGAAGCCAGGCUAGAGAUCCUGCAGCUUCUGAAAGGCAAGCUGGUAGUGGGCCAUGACCUGAAGCACGACUUCAAUGCCCUGAAGGAGGAUAUGAGCAAGUACACCAUCUAUGACACGUCCACAGACAGGCUGCUGUGGCACGAGGCCAGGCUGCAGUACUACAGCCGCGUGUCCCUGAGGCUGCUGUGUAAGCGCCUGCUACACAAGAACAUCCAGAACAACUGGCGGGGCCACUGCUCUGUGGAAGAUGCCAGGGCCACAAUGGAGCUCUACAGAAUCUCUCAGCGACUCAGAGCCCAGCGAGGGCUGCCUUGCCCCGGGAUGUCAGACUGAACGUCAUCCUCAUCCAGGGUCAAAGCUGCCACUCCUGAAGGACCAUAGUUCUCCAUGAAUGAGACCUGUUUCCAACAACCACCGCCACCGCCACCACAAAGUGUAAAACCAAGAACACUCCCCCAUUACAACAACUCUCUUGCUUUGAGGCAACAACAACAACAACAACAAAACCAGAAACCUUCAGUAAUAAAUGGCUUUGAUUUUGUCUAA